AGGAGAAAGGACGCGAACCGUGUGAGAUGAGGACUGCCGGCGCCACCAACCAACCCUCUUCUUCUUAUAAAAGUCGUCUAGGCAGCAUCAGCGAACACAAAGAUCAAAAUUGAAGCUUGCCACUGUUGAGCAAUCGGAAGAGCAAGCCAUGGAAAGAGUCGCUCCUCUGGAAGCCGUCCUGUUCGACAUCGAUGGGACAAUGGGCAUCUCCGACCCGUUCCAUCACCGAGCAUUCUCCGAACUGCUGCUCAAGAUUGGCUACAACGACGGCGUCCCGAUCACGCCGGAGUUCGGCAUGACGCACAUGGCCGGCCGGAGCAACGAGCAGAUCGGCAGCUUCCUCUUCCCCGACUGGGACAAGGACAAGAUCGACGACUUCUUCAGGGAAAAGGAGGCGCUCUUCGCCAGGUAUGCCACAGAGGGGCUCAAGGAGAUCGCCGGACUCACGCGGCUCUGCCGGUGGGCCGGCGAGCGCGGGCUCAAGCGCGCGGCCGUGACCAACGCGCCGAGGGCCAACGCCGAGCUCAUGAUCUCCAUCCUCGGCUUGUCGGACUUCUUCAAGCUCAUCGUCACCGGCGAGGACUGUGACCGCUCCAAGCCGUUCCCGGACCCCUACCUCAGGGCUCUCACCCUGCUCGGCGCCUCGCCUGACCACACCGUCAUCUUUGAGGAUUCCACGAUCGGGGUGCAGGCCGGUGUUGCUGCCGGGAUGCCGGUGAUUGCUAUCGCCGAUGAGAGGCGGGAAGGCAAGCUCCUGGCCACCGGCGCAACCCUCGUCAUCAGGGACUACCAAGAUCCCAAGCUCUGGGCGGCAUUGGACAAACUGGAUACCAAAGCUCAAGCUGCCGAGGUCGAUGAGUAAUACAAAACGGUCGCUGAGGAAGACCAAGAGUGACAAAAAAUUAAUUUGCUAUACUUCAAGCAUGAUUGUAGUACACUCAUUCAUGUAUGUUCAGGUCAUACAGAACUGCCAGUAGGCCAAAGUCGGUACAAAUAAGCAAAACCAAAAUUGAUUGCAAGGGAAGCAGAAUUCAAUCUGCCUCCCGCAGCAGCUAGCCCUCA